UUUAGGGGUGUGCCAGCAACUUCGCUCCCUCCAUCUAGAACCCAUUCUGUCAAAAUCCACUUCCACCUAAACUGACCGAACACGCCGAGCUCCUCCUCCUCUUCCUCUUCCUCCUCCUCCUCCUCCUCCUCCUCCUCCUCACAGCUGAAGAUGGCGGACCCGGCCGAGUGCACCAUCAAAGUCAUGUGCCGUUUUCGGCCUUUAAACAGUUCGGAGGUGACGAGGGGAGACAAAUACAUCCCCAAAUUCCAAGGAGAAGAUAAUGUGAUCGUCGGGGGAAAGCCAUAUGUGUUUGAUCGAGUGUUUCAGUCUAACACUACUCAGGAGCAGGUUUACAACGCUUGUGCUCAGAAGAUAGUUAAAGAUGUUCUUGAGGGUUAUAACGGUACAAUAUUUGCUUAUGGACAAACCUCUUCUGGGAAAACACACACCAUGGAGGGGAACCUGCAUGAUCCAGAUGGCAUGGGCAUUAUUCCGCGGAUCGUCCAGGAUAUAUUCAACUACAUUUACUCCAUGGAUGAAAACCUGGAAUUCCAUAUAAAGGUCUCCUAUUUUGAGAUUUACCUGGACAAGAUCAGGGAUUUGCUGGAUGUAUCUAAGACCAACCUAUCUGUACAUGAAGACAAGAACAGAGUUCCUUAUGUAAAGGGUUGUACUGAACGGUUUGUGUGUAGCCCAGACGAAGUGAUGGACACCAUUGAUGAAGGCAAAUCCAACAGACAUGUGGCUGUUACAAACAUGAACGAGCACAGCUCCAGGAGUCACAGUAUCUUCCUGAUAAACGUCAAGCAAGAGAACACACAGACGGAGCAGAAACUGAGUGGGAAACUCUUCCUGGUGGAUUUAGCAGGAAGCGAGAAGGUCAGUAAAACCGGAGCAGAGGGUGCCGUGUUGGAUGAAGCCAAAAACAUUAACAAAUCUCUUUCCGCUCUGGGCAACGUCAUCUCUGCUCUGGCUGAAGGAACGACGUACGUUCCCUACAGAGACAGUAAGAUGACGAGGAUCUUGCAGGAUUCUCUGGGCGGAAACUGCAGGACAACUAUAGUGAUCUGCUGCUCUCCAUCUUCCUUCAACGAGGCCGAGACCAAAACUACGCUCAUGUUCGGACAGAGAGCAAAGACCAUCAAGAACACAGUGUGUGUGAACGUGGAGCUGACAGCUGAGCAGUGGAAGAAGAAAUAUGAGAAGGAGAAAGAGAAGAACAAGACGCUAAAGAACACCAUCACCUGGCUGGAGAACGAGCUCAACCGCUGGAGGAACGGUACUGUAGUGUCACACACGCUUCAUACUCAUUCAGCUGUAUUCAGUGCUAAUUACACACAACUGUAUUGUGUUUUAGGUGAGAGUGUUCCCACUGAGGAGCAGUAUGAUAAGGAGAAGGCAAACGCUGAUGUUCUAGCCCUGGAUAAUGUGAUGAAUAAUGAUAAAUUCACCUCGUCUCCCAGCGUGCCCGGCCUUAAAUUGACUGAUGCUGAGCGUGAGAAGUGUGAGGCUGAAUUGGCCAAACUCUACAAACAGCUGGAUGACAAGGAUGAUGAGAUAAAUCAGCAGUCUCAGCUGGCUGAGAAACUCAAGCAGCAGAUGUUGGAUCAGGAAGAGCUGCUGGCCUCAUCACGAAGGGACCAUGACAACCUGCAGGCAGAGCUCACCCGUCUGCAGAUGGAGAAUGAGGCGUCUAAAGAGGAGGUGAAGGAGGUGCUGCAGGCCCUCGAGGAGCUCGCGGUCAACUAUGAUCAGAAGAGUCAGGAGGUGGAGGACAAGACCAAGGAGUUUGAAACCCUGAGUGAAGAGCUCAACCAGAAAUCUAGCGUUCUUGCAUCUAUCGACUCUGAGCUGCAGAAACUGAAGGAAAUGACCAACCAUCAGAAGAAGAGAGUCACUGAGAUGAUGUCAUCACUGCUUAAAGACCUGGCAGAGAUUGGCAUCGCCAUAGGCAGCAAUGACAUCAAGCAUGAGGGUGGAGGUCUCAUUGAUGAAGAGUUCACAGUGGCUCGUCUGUACAUCAGUAAGAUGAAGUCGGAGGUGAAGACUCUGGUGAAGCGCAGCAAACAGCUGGAAAGCACUCAGGCCGAGAGCAACCAGAAGAUGGAUGAGAACGAGAAAGAGCUUGCAGCCUGCCAGCUCCGUAUCUCUCAGUAUGAGGCAAAGAUCAAGUCCCUGACAGAGUAUCUGCAGAACAUUGAACAUAAGAAGAGACAGCUAGAGGAGAACGUGGACUCUCUCAAUGAGGAACUGGUCAAACUCAGUGCACAGGAAAAAGUUCAUGCCAUGGAGAAGGAGAAUGAGAUACAGAGUGCUAAUGAAGUCAAGGCUGCAGUUGAGCAUCAGAUCCAGAACCACAGAGAAGCUCAUCAGAAACAGCUGAGCAGCCUGAGAGACGAGCUGGAGACCAAGGAGAAACUCAUCACUGAACUGCAGGAUCAGAACCAGAAGAUCAUGUUGGAGCAGGAGCGCUUGAAGGUGGAGCACGAGAAACUCAAAAACACUGACCAGGAGAAGAGCCGCAAACUGCACGAGCUGACGGUGAUGCAGGACAGAAGGGAACAGGCCAGACAAGAUCUCAAAGGCCUGGAGGAGACAGUGGCCAAAGAGCUGCAGACUCUUCAUAAUCUGAGGAAACUCUUUGUUCAGGAUCUGGCCACACGAGUGAAGAAGAGCGCUGAGAUGGACUCAGAUGACACUGGCGGCAGUGCGGCACAAAAGCAGAAGAUCUCAUUCCUUGAGAACAACCUUGAGCAGCUCACUAAAGUGCACAAGCAGCUGGUGCGUGAUAACGCUGACCUGCGCUGUGAGCUGCCCAAGCUGGAGAAGCGCCUGCGGGCCACAGCAGAGCGUGUAAAGGCUCUAGAGUCUGCGCUCAAAGAGGCCAAAGAGAAUGCAGCCCGUGACCGCAAACGCUACCAACAGGAGGUGGACCGCAUCAAAGAGGCUGUGAGAGCCAAGAACAUGGCCCGCAGAGGACACUCCGCACAGAUCGCUAAGCCAAUCAGACCCGGUCAGCCCCCUGUCGCCUCUCCCACUCACCCCAGUGUCACCCGCUCAGGGGCGGGGCUGUUCCAGAAUAACCAAUCAGUGGGCAUCCGUGGUGGAGGCGGAGUCAAACAGUAAAAUAACUGUUGAAUGCUGAAUUUAUCCCAAGUAGCCCCAGCUGAAGCUGAUAUCACCCCAAAAAGCUGAACAAGCAUUCCACAGCACGGGAGGGUACAAUACUAUACAUAUGAAAAUGAAUAUAAGUAUAUAUAUGUGUAUGAAACAUGGAAUACUAUCCCCGUCUGGGCUGUACAGAUGUUCCUCCAUUCUUAUCUCUCAUAUCUUCCCCUUAACAAUAUAAAGAUAACUUAAAAAAAAAGAUACAGGCUUUUUGCACCAGUGGAGAUGUAUGUAACUAGUGUGUAUCUCUUCACUCUUGCACAGUAGGUUUCUGCUCACAUCCUCCUCUCCACGUCCCUCACUGUGCCAAGUUGAAUGUAUUAGGCAGAAAUGAAUGAAAAAAAAAAAAAAAAAAAUGAACAAAAAAAAUUUAAAUCUAGCUGCAUUAUUUUAGCCUUAUUUAUGUACGUUCACAUUUUGGGUUUGUUUAGAGAGUUAGCUUGUUCUCUCUUGCUUUCAGUAGUUUCUAUUGAACAUUUCAACUAAAUACGUAAGUUAAACACUACAGUUGAACUGUAUAUAUGAACCAUUGAACUAGUUUUUGUAAUGAUGGAGAUGUUCAGAAGAACGAUUUCAAUUAUGAUGAAAGUAGACAAACGAGAUGCAGUUCCAUGAAAUGAGAACGAAAAGGCUGCUUAAUGUAGACGCACCUGAAGUUCAGGUAUAUUUACAGUACUGUACGAACACAUAACGAGUAAUCAUUGUUACAGCAUAAAGUCCUGUGUGUAUGCCACAACCUGAGCUCUUAGAUGAGUCAUAGCUAGGUUCAAAAAAACAAAAACAAUAAUACUGUCACAUGCUCAUUUUAACAUUUCAAUAUUUAACUUCAGUUCUCACAGUUUAAGAGUUGCUGCUCUGUAGCUCAGUCUCUACAAAUCAUUAAUAAUCAUGUGUGUGGAUUUCUUCUCUUAGUUUUCCUACCAUAUUCCCAGACAGGAUUCUUGUUCUAUUGUUUUUGGUUGGCAGGGAACCUUGCAGUUUAUUAGACCCAACAAUGAAAAAUGUUUUCACUCUCAUGUUGUUCCAAACUUGUUAGAUUUUUCUUUCAUGAAACACUAAAGAAUAUCAAAAUGUUUAUGCUGCUUUUUGGAAUGAAAAUGGAUGAGGAUGGACAAUUUCAAGCUCCAAAAAUGACAAGAAGUCCAUUAUGACUUGAGCGACUUGUGAAGUCAAACAACUGCAAAUUUAAAACAUUAUUCACUUAAAAACUUGCCCUCCUUGGUCUUUCGAUUGAGACAUAAUGGCAUUUGGUGUCAUUGACAUCAAACCUGCCACAGCGUGUCUAUAUUCACCAUAUUUGAGUUACAACUUAAAUGCAAAUGAGAUGUCAGAUGUCAAGAUUUUCAGUGGUUGUCAUACUUUAAGCUGCUUUUUAUGUUUCUGGUGCUCCUUUUCAAUCCUUGCUUUCAUUUUAUUCAAAUGAACAUCUUUUUGACAGAAAAAUGAAAUUGUUAAAGGUUUGGGAUGACAUGAGAGUGAGUAAAUGAUGACAGGAGUUUCAUUUUUGGGUGAACUAAGCCGUGUUAAGGGAUUCUUGAAUAUAGAAAUGAUCACAUCCCGCCCUCUCCUUCAUAGACACCCUGUUAAAGCAAUACAGUUUUGGAGUUUGUUUUACAUUUAAAAGAGUUUGUAUAGUGUUGUUUUGUUGGAGUGAGGUUUGUGCAGUGGUCAAACAGCCAUUGAAGUUACAAUAUACCUAUACUCUUUUUAGAGUAAUUUCUUUUUGAUUUUAGUUGUUUAGUUGGUAUGGUUUAGUCUAUUAUAGGGUCCAUAUUUUGAAGGUCUGCAUUUCGGAAAUGGCAGUUGGAUCUUCAGUGGUUUGAGCAUUGCAAGCAACCCAGGGAAACCAACACAACACUUAGUUCCGGCUCGCACUACCAAAACAUGACUGUAGAUUGUCUGUUGUGGUUGAUUUUGCGUUUGCUUAUUUAGACCUGCUGAUUGGCUCUCUACAGUUCAUACUGUUCCAAUGCUUUCCAUUCAGCACAACGUUACUGCCUUUCAUUGACUAGUGUUAAUGGGUGGGGCCUAUUUAAUGGUGGGCGGGGUUUAUUUAAUCAUUUUAGGUCAUGUUUUCAUUUUGUUGCUAGAUAAUACUGUUUUAUUUAUUUCUUUUAUAGACUAGGGAUUUUGCUGUUCAUUUUAUUUUGUUGAUUUUUUUAAGUCUACAAAUGUCUUCUUUUUUUUCUUAUGAUAAGUAUAUAUAGAUUCCAGUGUACUUGGUUUCCAUUGUCCUUUGUGUUUCCGUGUCAGUUGGAUCCAGAUCCUACUAGUGUCCUGUGUAAAUUACUGUAGUACUGUAGCAGGGGGAAUAUAGAAGAUGGUGUUUUAAGACCUUUUGUGUGCAAUAGGAGUCUGGUGUAGCGCAAGUUUUGCAGUACUGAAGAAAAGCAACGGAGAGGAAAUCACUCAACUGUCCUCCAAUUUUAUUUUAUUGUUUAAUGCUCAUUUGUCUAACGGUUGUCUUGUUUGCCAAAUUCUUUUAAAAGCACUUUAAAAUGUUACCAUCUCAAUUGAAAAACGCACUUAUUGAAAACUGAAAAUUUACAUCUCAAACAUCAAAUUCCUCACUGAAUUUUAUAAUUAUUGUUAUUAAGGAGCUUCCGCAGGAGGUUGCGUUUUGAAGACUGUCAAUGUUGUUGUUUUUUUGUGUUUUGUUUUGCCUUUAAUCUGCAUUUUUAACAGUUACUGGGGAAAACACUCCGUUUAAAUGGCUCUAAUGGAAAGAUGUAAUGGUGAUCAGAUGUGUGUACAGUUGGUUCUACAGAUUGUCGAUUGAAUUGCUGUGUAUAUUUCCUUCAGUUGCUUACUGUAGACAAGUUUUCACCCCUUGACAUGAAACGCAAAUAAAGUAUAGGUAAAACACA